AUGGCCUCGCGAGUGCCUGCUGUUGCCGCACUGCUGUGCCUAUUUAGCUAUGUGAAAAAUCUGGAUAUAGACAAGAGCGACGGAGGCUACAAGGACUUGCUGAUUUCGAUCAACAAGGAUGUGCCCUACAACGAGACCAUCAUCGAGAACGUCAAGAGCCUGCUUAGGUCUUCGUCUCACUUCCUUCACCGUGCAACCAAUGGCCUCGUGUACUUCAAGCACGUGACAAUCAACUUCCCACACACGUGGCCAAAGAGAAGCAGUGCGCGCCGCUUGUCUUCGAGUUUGUUUGAGAAAAGUGACGUACGCAUCGACCUGCCUGCAGAGUCACAAGAGCAGGAAAGGCCCUUCACGAAGCAGUGGAAGCUUUGUGGAAAGCCCGGAGAGUAUAUCAAAGUCACGCCAAAGUUUCUAGCCGAUUUGAACGAUUCAACAACCAAGACAUUUGGAAAUCCCGCGUACGUCUUUGUGCACGAGUGGGCCCAUUACCGGUACGGAGUCUUUGACGAACACGGCUGGCGGGAUGACGAAAAGUACCCACUCACCUACUGCGAGGAGGAUCCUGUCACAGGGGUCACAUUGGUCAAACUGAAUGCGUGCUCGUCAAAGAUUUCCUUCAACCCAACACUGGCCUCUGGAGAUUCGUGCCCACUUAACGAAACUACAUGUAUAUUCCCCAAGGAGUGCAUUAUCCGUACCACAACAGAAAGGAUAAAUCCUGUCGAAUCGUCAAUCAUGUUCAUGCCAUAUGUCCCCAAC